UCUAUCCACGCUUCAUCUCCUUCCCCACCAAAAGCAAGCAAGCGACCAGCCAUGGCUUCGGAGGCGCCAGGUUCCGAUAAACCUAGGGACAUUUCCCGAGAUGGUGAAAAAAUUGCUGACAUGGAAUAUUACGACCUUCUGGGCGUCGCAGGUGAUGUGACGGACCUUGAUCUGAAGAAGGCAUAUCGAAAAGCGGCAAUCAAGAAUCAUCCUGAUAAAGGAGGCGAUGAAGAAAAGUUCAAGAUGAUCGGCGAGGCCUACCGAGUCCUUAGCGACAACAACCUGCGUGCAGACUACGAUCGCCAUGGCAAGAAGAAGCCAACCGACGAAGUAGGCCUUAAAGAGGCCACCGAGAUGUUCGGAAAUCUGUUCGGCGGUGAACGUUUUGUAGACCUGAUUGGCGAAAUCUCGCUCCUCAAGGACUUCGGCAAGGCGUCGGAAAUCAUGAUGACCGACGAGGAAAAGGCAGAACUGGAAAAAAGCAUGCAGGACGAUGCAAAGAAAGGUCCGGGCGAAUCUUCUACGAAUCCGACCACCGAUGGUACUUCUGCCGCAACAACAGCAUCUGACGAGGCAGCCUCGGACGCCAAUGCUGCCAACGCAGCUCCCACGACGACGGCUUCCAAUUCGACGCCCACAAGUUCGGCCACAACAGGCAAAGUGGGACCUACUACGGCCACUGAUUCGACACCAGCUGCGGGCACAACUUCUUCUUCUUCUACCUCGUCGCAACAUCUCUCAACGCAGGACGCAUCGGGAACAGCUACGCCAACGGGAGGAAAAGCAACUUCUCGAACCAAACCCAAGCUGACGGUCGAGCAGAGACAAAAGCUCGAAGCAUUGGAGAAGGAGAAACGGGAAGCGGAAGAGAAGCGCAUCGCAGACCUGACGAGCAAGCUCAAGGAUCGAAUUCGACCCUUUGUCGAAGCCCGAAAUCCGGGCGACAAGGACGACUCUGAGACACAGCUGUUCGGGAAGAGGAUGCGAGAAGAGGCUGAGGAUUUGAAGCUCGAGUCGUUUGGCGUUGAGCUGCUUCACACCAUCGGAAAUAUCUAUCUCACCAAGUCGACAACAUGGGUAAAGUCCCAGAGACACAAUUUCUUGGGCCUUCCCGGCUUCUUCAGCCGGCUCAAAGAAAAAGGAAGCCAGGUCAAGGAGACGUGGGGCUUGAUGGGAAGUGCCAUGAGCGUCCUCGUGUCUAUGGAGGAUAUUCAACGACGACAGGAAAAGGGCGACAUCGACGAAGAGGAAAUGAGGCAGCUCGAGCAAGACAUGAGCUCAAAAAUGUUGCUGGCCACCUGGCGAGGCACGCGCAGCGAGGUCAAUGGUGUCCUGCGCAAGGUCUGCGACAAUGUCCUGCACGAAAAGGGCGUAGAUCAAAAGACGUUGCUGAACCGAGCAAGAGCUUUGGCCUACCUCGGCGCAAUUUACAAGCAGGUCCAGCCGGAGGAAGGCGACGAAGAGAGGAGGGAGCUCGAGAGACUCGUUGCCGAGGCGGCGGGGAAGAACAAGAAGAAGAGGGAAAAGAAGGGUAAGAAGGACCUUGGUGCCUCGGCUUCAGCCUCUGGGCCUGGUUCCGGUCCCGCCCCGGCAACAUCAGCGUCAGCAUCUGCAUCGGAAACAACGUCGCCCCAGUAGACAUUCUAUACCUCGUUCUCAUGCUCAUGCCCUCUUUCAUCUCCUCGCUAUCGUGUCAUAUCCAGCUAAAUUGUCUUUCCCCUCUCCUAUGUAGUGAUGAAGAAGGAAAUAUUGCUCAUUGGGCGAAUGCCGCACGUAUGUG